CUCGGCCCGCCGCUGGCUCCUCGCACGCGGUCAUGGCGGACCACGAGCUGCAGCUGGUUGAGCGGCGGAUCCGCAGCUUCCCCGACUUCCCCACCCCGGGCGUGUUAUUCAGGGACAUCUCGCCCGUCCUGAAGGACCCCGCCUCCUUCCGCGCCGCCAUCGGCCUCCUGGCGCGACACCUGAAGGCGACCCACGGGGGCCGCAUCGACUACAUCGCAGGCCUAGACUCCCGAGGCUUCCUCUUUGGCCCCUCCCUGGCCCAGGAGCUUGGACUGGGCUGUGUGCUCAUCCGAAAGCGGGGGAAGCUGCCAGGCCCCACUGUGUGGGCCUCCUAUGCCCUGGAGUACGGGAAGGCUGAGCUGGAGAUCCAGAAAGAUGCCCUGGAGCCAGGACAGAGGGUGGUCGUCGUGGAUGAUCUGCUGGCCACUGGUGGGGCUGGCCUGGAGCACCCAGUCUCUACAGCCCAGGCCAACUGGGGACCUCACCCUCCCAUCCCCAGGAACCAUGCAUGCCGCCUGUGAGCUCCUGGGCCGCCUGCAGGCCGAGGUCCUAGAGUGUGUGAGCCUGGUGGAGCUGACCUCGCUUAAGGGCAGGGAGAAGCUGGCUCCUGUACCCUUCUUCUCUCUCCUGCAGUAUGAGUGACUACAGGGCCUCCCAGCCCAACAUUCUGCAGCUGGAACCCAGGGACAUUUCAGCCCUGGGCAACUGCAGUGACCUCUGCAGUUACCAGGGGCACCAGCUGCCUGCAGGGAACACAUCCCUUGCUUGGGUUCAGCACCUCUCCUGGGGCUGGAAGUGCCAAAGCCUGGGGCAAAGCUGUGCUUCAGCCACCCUGGGCCCAAUUACACAUAGGGAGAACGCAGUAAACAGCUUUGCCACGAGA